CACAUGCGGGUUAAAAAACAUUGUGAGCGCACCUUAAAUUCGCUCCAGCGAUCCAAAUCCGGUUUUUUGUUUUUGAGAAAAUAAACUCCGUAUAUAAAACGGUGGUGAGAACAGAGAACUUUUCUUCGUGAUUAUUAGUGCAAGCAAGAUGGUACUCGGUCGUGUGCACUGCGCCUUUUGUGUUAUACUUGUGUUCCAAACUUUAUUGUAUUGUGAUGGUCAGUUCGCGCAAAAGAAUUAUGAGACGAGAGGCAAACGAGCAAACGAGUCACCUGAUGGUAAGCGAUCAGCGCCGCCCAUGGACACCCGCAACAUCAGAAGAGGAGACACAGUAUCCCCACUGCCGUUCCCGACAUGCAGAGCGGACAACGUCGACUGUCUCCGCCGAAGUCUCAGGACCUUCUUCUUUUUAAUGGACGCUGGCCACUUCGGCAUGCAGCCAGUCGACCCCGUAAUAGUCAACAGUGUGACCGUAUCCUUACCCGAAGAACAAACGACAUUUUCACUAAGAAGGGUCAACGUAACGGGUGCCAGGUGGACCAAACUCGUCGAAAGGAGGUUUGGUUUAGAAAAUGGUAAAGCUGGUGUGGUAUUUCUUACCGAUCUACAUUUGACCGGUCAGUUAAGUAUGGAAGUGGCUGGAAGGCCGGAACCCCACAACGCUUUCCUAACUAUGGAUAUACAGGGUGCAGAAAGCAACAUUACUUAUCUGGGCAACAUACAGCGAGGCCGCGAUAAUGAGGAUUACAUUGUAAUCGGUCCCGAGAGGAUAGCCAUCAGGAACAGGCGAAUUCCUUCGUAUUUUUUACAACCAAAUUCUGAAGAUGCAUACACCAUUGAUGAAGCAUUACAGAAAAAGCCUUCAAUACUGGAUCACAUUUCAAACGAAAUCACAGCAGCCAUAAUGCACUCUGUAGUUGAUAAUUUUAGAUUAUUCUCUAUGAAUGUACCCAUUAGGUAUUACUAUAAGUAUUACAAUGAGAAAUAAUUCACAUAACUAGCUAACUCAGUGGAAAAUCUGUAAUUUCAAUGAAUUAAAACAGCAGAAUUAAACUGAAUAAGAUAUUUAUUAAAAUUGAUAAAAACAGGCACA